AUGAAAUUUAUCUUCUGUUUGAGUAUCCUUGCUGGGACAUUUUUGACCGCUCACUCAUCCGCGCAGAAAGAAGACCAUGCUCCCUAUUUGGUAUACCUCAAGUCCCACUUCAACCCCUGUGUGGGUGUCCUCAUCAAAAGCAGCUGGGUGCUGGCCCCUGCUCACUGCUACUUACCAAAUCUGAAAGUGAUGCUAGGAAAUUUCAGGACCAGAGUCAGAGAUGGGACAGAGCAGAUACUGAACCCGAUCCAGAUUAUCCGCUACUGGAACUAUAGUCAUAGUUCCCCCCAGGAUGACCUCAUGCUCAUUAAGCUGGCUAAGCCCGCCAACCUCAACCACAAAGUCCAGCUCCUUCCCCUCGCCACAAAGGCCGUCAAGCCAGGCACCGUCUGUCUGAUUUCAGGUUUGGACUGGAGCCAAGACAACAUUGGCAGACACCCUGAUUUAAGGCAGAACCUGGAGGCCCCCGUGAUGUCUGAUGCAGAAUGCCAGGAAGUGGAACAGGGCAGAAGCCACAGGAACUCCUUAUGUGUUAAAUUUGUGAAAGUGCUCAAUCGACUUUUUGGGGAGGUGGCCGUUGCUACAGUCAUCUGCAAAGACAAGCUCCAGGGGAUCGAGGUCGGACACUUCAUGGGAGGAGAUGUGGGCAUCUACACUGACAUUCACAAGUAUAUACCCUGGAUUGAGAAAAUCGCUAAAGACAAAUGA